CUCGGAGAUAGUCUCUGUAGCUGACAAGAAGCUGGACACACUUGAAGACACCAUGCUUUCUGUGAUAGAAGCGGAUGGAAUCAAGCUGGAGCUGACCAUGCUGCUGGACACAAGGGUCGUGGUGGAUGCCAGAGUGCUCUCGAUCGAUGAUUCCACAGAUGAAACCACCGAGGAUUGCACAGAUGAGAGGCUGACAGUCACAGUAGGUACAAGGCUUGUGAGAGCAGACGAGAGCAUGGAAGACUCGAUCGAUGAGGCGGACAAGAGCAUAGAAGCUGUUGAAGAUGCCAACGAAGGAAUGCUGAGUUGCGAAGACAAGACCGAUGUCGAAGAUACCAGUGAUAGCGAAGAUACCAAAGAGCUGGAUUCGAGCAUGGACGAAGUCUCGAGUGCAGAUGUGCUGAGGCUCGAGAUCUCUGAUACCUGGGAUGACACAGAUGACACGACUGAGGAAAUCAGGCUGCUGACAGUUGCCACAGUCGAAGAUUCGACCGUGGAGCUGAUGAGCGAUGAAACUGAUUCGGCAACAGAAGAUGACACCAAUGAGGAGGAAAUCAGAGAAGUAGAGGCUGGCACAGACACGCUAGACUCAGUGACCAAGGAGGAAAUGCUGGAGGACUCGACCAUAGACGAUGAUACCAUAGAAGUGGUAGGGAACACGCUGGAAGACUCGAAUGGAGUAGACGAAACCAAGGAAGCUGUUGUCUGGACGCUCGUAGACUCGACAGAGGACACAAGUACAGAUGUAGAUUCGAUCAUCGUGCUGCUCAGGACUGAGGAUGAUAUCAGAGACGAGACCGAUGAUAGAGAAACAAGCGAUGAGACGCUUGAUGACUCGACCAGGGAUGUCUGGCUGGUAGAAACCACAGUUGAUGUAGCAAGGAGCGACGAUGAUGGAAGAACACUUGAUGACUCGAUUGUCGAGGAAACGAUAGUCUCGCUUGGCGACACAGUCUGGCUGGAAACCAAAGUCGAGGUGGCAGGUACGGACGAGGAUUCGACCAUAGUGCUGCUGAGAACCGACGUAGAUUCCAGGACAGAGGUGCUUGGUGCGACUGUCGACGAGAUAACAGACGAGCUUUCCACAAGAGACGAGACUAAGCUGACAACGCUGGUUGGGAUCAGGACUGACGACAUUGGUGAGACGCUUGAGACAACGCUGCUGCUUUCGACCAUUGUAGACGAAACCAUAACUGAGGAGCUUGGCACAAUUGUGGAUGAGACAACUGAUGAAGAUUCCAAAGUCUGGGAUUCCGAUACAGAGACGAUUGUCGAAGACACGAGGACACUUGAGACGGAACUGCUCUCGAUAGCCGUGGACGAGAUCGCAGAUGACGAGCUUGUGCUGGAAACCAAGGAGCUGAUCUCGCUUUCGAUCGAUGAUACCAAAGAGGAGCUGAUCACAGUGCUGGAUGCCAGUACCGAUACGGAGACGGUCUCGGAAACAGCAGAAGACGAAACCAUCAUGGAUGAUGAGAUAAUCUCUGUGCUUGAGAGUGACGAAGUCUCGAUAACCGACGAGCUGACAACAGAGCUUGAAACCAGGAUCGAAGAAGACACCGGAGUGCUUUCAACAAUGCUGACUGAGGCUGUGAGCGAGGAGCUGAUCUCCGAGGAUACCAUUGAGGACGAAAGCAUGACAGUCGAGCUGGCAAGGCUGCUCGAAACGAUCGUGGAAGACACUGGCACUGAGCUGGACUCGAGAGUCUGA